UUAGAUAUUUUUUCCUAUAAAGGUGAUGGAUCAGAACCUGCUGCAGAGGUCCAAGACAAGAAAACAGAAGAGGAGAAACUCACAUGUGACAAUGAGAUGGACACCAAUGUAGACGAUGGCAUAAAGCUAGCAAAGGCCCUGAAAGUGGCCAGAUGUUUGGGUAGCCGAGAAGACCCCGUAAGUCAGGACCCGGCCGUUGUCAGUGGCCCUCUCUCGGAUAUGUUCACAGAGAUUGCUGCAAGCCAAGUGCCCAUCCGCAGCCAGCAAAUAGGGGAGCCUGAGUUUAGCCAUGAGCAGAAGAUGUCACUGCUUCUGGACCUCUACCAGACCAAACCUCUUGUCUUUCUGGAGCGUUUCCGGAAGGUUCUUAGAGAAGAACAUCUUGAAUGCUUUAGCCACUUAUCUGGGGACUACACCGCUGAUUUCUACUUCAAGGAAAUCCGCAAAGCCUCACUCAAAAAAGUUCAUCGUACAAGAGUCCGAAAUAAGAGAUACGCUGCCCUCCAGCAACUGAUCACAGAUGGGGAAUAUUUCAGUGAUGAGCAGAUGCGAGCUCGGGACCCCCUCAUGUAUGAGCACUAUGUGGGACAGUACCAGAGCGAGGAGGAGAUCAUGUCACAGAACAGUCGGGACAUGGCUCAGGCCAGUUCUCUAUCAGAUGUUCUCCUUAACUCCUGCCAGGAGCAGUCACUGCAGAUGAGGCUGGAGGCUCAGCGGGAGCUGGAGCAGAACUGUGAAGAGGAGGAGGAGGAGACGGACGACAGCGCUGAGGAGGAGUCUGAGCUGCAAUCUGAGGUGGACGGCGAGGAGCGGGCUCUGAUGAGGGAGGAGUUCGUCAGCCGCAUGCAUCAGAGGUUUUUGGAUGGAAAAGAUCGAGAUUUCGACUACAGCGAAGUAGACGAUAACCCAGACUUUGACAAUCUGGACAUUGUCAAUCGGGAUGAAGAAGAGCGUUACUUUGAUGACGAUGAUGACGAGGGUAUAGAUGAGAUGGAAGAAGAGGAUCAAAGGCCAAAUGGAGAGACCGUAGACUGCAAUGAGUGAUUUUAUCACUUGUCCAUUUCAUUUUUUUACGUGGUAGAGAUCACCCUCCUGUUAUCCUCUUCUAACUGUGGCCCUAAGGAUGGAGGAGCCAUUGCAAAAUACAGUCACUGCACUGGGUUGGCCAUUAGAUGGCAGCAGAUAUCAAGUCCUGCCUAUUGACAGUUCCAUACAAGACUGAGCGUGCUCUCAAUACCGGAUUUUCCCUUAAAGGCAUGUUUUUGUUACAUUCACACGUUUGAAGGGUUACUGAAGACAGUUUAUGAACUCAUCCUGGGAAUUAAAAACAUAUACAUAAGGAGUAAGUUGCACCAAAGACUAUGGUAAAUGCUGUUUUAUGCGUAUUGUGCUUUUCUGUUAUAUUCCUGGAUGUCCUAAGCCAGUCUUUUCCACCCAGAGAGCUUCCAGCUGUUGCAAAACUACAACUCCCAGCAUGCCCGGACAGACUUCGGCUGUCCGGGCAUGCUGGGAGUUGUAGUUUUGCAACACCUGCAGGCACACUGGUUGGAAAACACUGAUCUAAGCAAUGCCAGCAAUGUUGUUAGUAGUCAAGUCAACGCUGCACCAAUAAUAAGGCAAAAAUCUGCUUUAUUCUGUUGACUCUUUUGAUAAAAAAAAUUCUAGUUUGAGAGACAAAUUCCUAAAUAAAAAUC